ACUCAUAUCAAUAACAAUAACAUUAGAAAUAAUACACCAAACAAAUAAAUAGUCGUAAUACAUACAUAUAAAUAGAAAUCGCUAAACAAAUCAUCAUACAUCAAAUAAAUAAUAUCUAUCUAGUUUAUUAAUUAUUAAUUAUCAAUUGUUAUUUGUCAUUAUUUAAUUGUUUCUUUUAAAUAUUUUUCAAAAUUUUUAUUUAUUCAAACUAUUUAUUUAUUUCACUAUAUAUUUAUUUAUUUAUUUAUUUAUUAAAAUAACUGUUAUCAUUAAAAUAUUUUAAAAACAAAAAACAAAAAAAAGAAAAAAUUAAUUUUUUUUUAUAAUAUACACCAAACAAUAAACAAAAUAACAUUAAACACCCUUUGUAAAUAUUUCUAAACCUUUUAAUUUUUUUAUUUCAAAUAAAAUUAUUUAUUAUAUAUAAUCACCAAAAUAUUUUAUAUAUAUUUUUUUUAAAAACAUUUAAUUUAAUAAUAAAAAUAAUCAACAACAACAACAACAACAACAACAAAAUUAUAGAAAAUGAUUAAUGAUCAAGAAUCAGUUAUAGACGUUGGGUCAGAUGAAGAAAGAGAUUACGAUGAAGAUGAUGAUACCACAGUUAUUAAUCCAAGUGAUCCAUUAUCAAGAUCAACAAUGGAUAGAUCUUUAGCUGCUAAAAUGUAUAUUGAACAGUAUUAUAUAAAUGCUCAACAAUCAGUUAAAGAUAGAGGACAAAGAAGAAAAGAUUUAGAACAAAAAUUAGAAAAUAUGAAAUUAUCAUCAAAAGAAUCAAAUGAUCUUAGAAAAGAAUUGGAUAAGAAGGAAUCUGAUCAUUUAAGAAUAAGGAGAUUAAAGUUAAAGAGAUCCGAUUUCGAGUUAAUAAAGAUUAUUGGUAGAGGUGCAUUUGGUGAAGUUAGUUUAGUUCGUCACAAAGAAUCAAAUGAUUUAUAUGCCAUGAAAAGAUUAAAGAAAUCGGAAAUGUUAAAGAAAGAACAAGUUGCACAUAUUAGAGCCGAAAGAGAUGUUUUAGCUAGCGCCAAUACUAAUUGGGUAGUCAAAUUAUACUAUAGUUUUCAAGAUGAAAAUUACCUUUAUCUCAUUAUGGAAUAUUUACCAGGUGGUGAUAUGAUGUCCCUUUUAAUAAAGUAUGAUAUCUUUACAGAGAACCAAGCUCGUUUCUACAUUGCCGAGACUAUUCUUGCCAUCGAAUCAGUUCACAGUCUUGGUUACAUCCACAGAGAUAUUAAACCAGAUAAUCUUUUAUUAGAUUCUAGAGGCCAUGUCAAAUUAUGCGAUCUUGGUCUUUGUACAGGUUUCCAUCGUCUUCAUUCAUCCGAAUUUUAUCAAAUGCUUGUUGGUGAUGCAAUGACGAUCAAAAUGAAAUUAAUUGAAGCUACUCCUCUCACUCAAACUGAAAGAAUUGCAUCUUGGAAGAAGGCAAGAAGAGCAUUGGCUUACUCUGCUGUUGGUACUCCCGAUUAUACUGCUCCAGAAGUUUUCCUUCAAGUAGGUUACGGUAAAGAGGUAGAUUGGUGGUCUUUAGGUGUAAUUCUUUAUGAAAUGGUUGUUGGUCAUCCUCCAUUCCUUUCUGAUAAUACCACCGAAACUUGUCUUAAAAUUUUAAAUUGCAAAGAAACUCUUCAAAUUCCAACUGAUAUGGGUUUAUCAAAAGAAGUUAUAGAUUUAAUUAAAAAAUUGGUUUGUGAAAAAGAUAGAUAUAAAACUGCAGAUGAAAUAAAACUUCAUCCAUUCUUUAAAGGCAUAAAUUGGGAAAAUAUUAGAAAUCAAAAUGCACCAUUUGUUCCAGAAUUAAAAAGUCCAACAGACACAUCAAACUUUGACGACUAUGAAGAGCUUGAAGAGGACGAUGUUAAAAUAACCACCACAAGUUCUAAUACCACCACACCAACAAAGAAAUCAAAUAUUAUUGAUAAGAGAAAUAUUAAAGAUAAAGAUUUAGCUUUUAUAGGUUUCACUUACAAAGGUUUUGAUGCUCAAAACAAAUCACCAAAUGGCACUAGAAAGAAUGUACAUGUUGAAUCAAUUUUUGCUACAACCAAGUAAAUAAAAUAAAUAAAUUAAUUUAUAUUUAUAUAUAUAUUUAUAGAAAUCCUUUUCCUAUUUCAAAUUUUAAAAUAUUAAUAAAAAUUAAUUUGUUUUAAAAAUACUUUUUCGUUUUCAA